AUGUCAUUUGAACUAAGAGACCUACCCUUUCCGCCAAAUCAAAAAACUUACUAUGAUUAUUUGAAUUUUUUGAAUUCUUUGUGGUCAAAUGAAUCUAACAAUUUGGAUUCUUUAAUAAAUAAGGAUGCUUCUCAAGAUACAAUUACUUUCGAAGAUUCUUUGGCCAGUGAAUCAACAAAUAAACCAAAAAUAAAUUAUGUUGCACUUGAACAAAAAUUAAAUUAU